AGAUCUAAAAGAAAAUAUUUUUCUUUCCUUAUGCUUUCCUGUUAAGCCAAUUUACCAAAUCUCGUUUCUAAAAACUGCAAUACCAUCUGCUCAUCCAACAAUGUACGAAAAAGAGCUGCAUGAUUUUAUGGCUGUUUAUCCAGUUAUACUGCACGAUCUAACGACUACAGCCGAGAACUACAAUAACAAAGCGGCUGCCAUUUGGUACAAAAAGGCUCUACAAUACAAUUUGUCAUUGUCCAAUGCAAAAAAUGGUCUCUUAGCUGUAUUAUUUUACAAAAGCUUUUUGAAUAAUAACGAAUUUACUGAGAAAGGAUUGAGAUUAGCGCACACACUCGGCUGGUGCAUCGAGUUGCUACACUGUGUCUUCCUCAUCACCGAUGACAUAACCGAUAACAGCACAACACGUCGUGGAGAGCUCUGCUGGUACAAAACAGAUGGUGUAGGAGUAAAUGCCAUAAACGAUGCAUUCAUAAUUGAAAAUGGUAUUUAUGUUUUACUUAGCAAGUAUUUUCGGCAACUGGAUUGCUACGCUGAGCUGCUGGAAUUGUUUCAUCAAAGCACCUUUAACUGUUUCAAUGGUCAAUCGGCAGAUAUGGUUGCUUGCCGAAAGAGUGUUAGCACUUUCGAUAUGGAGACUUACAAAGCGUUGGUUACUAAUAAAACAUCCUGUCACUUCUUCACUUUGCCCAUAGCAGGGGCUUUGCAUUUGGCGGGAAUCACAGAAAACCAGAAACAGAUCUUUAGUGAGUGCGAAGCUAUUGCCUUUGAAUUGGGUCAUUUGGGGCAAGUACAAAACGAUUAUCUAGAUUGUUUUGGCGACCCUACCUUGACGGGUAAGAUCGGCACGGAUAUUGAAGCCAACAAAUGCACUUGGUUGGCAGUGAAAUGCCUGGAACUUGCAAGUAUGGACCAACAGGCCAUUAUGGUGGAGUGUUACGGCCAGAAUGAUGCUGAGAAGAUUUUGCGUGUUAAAGAGCUCUACAAAGUAUUGGAUUUGCCUAGUAUAUACACACAAUUUGAAAAAGAAGCGAUUGGGCGCAUCAAAAAGCUCAUUCAACAGUCAAGUAGUGCUGUACCACAUGAUGUUUUCUCUGAAAUUUUAACUCAACUCUCUCGGAGAGAAAUCAAAUAAAACCAAAUGAAG